AGAGAUGGCCUCUUCCGGUGCAACCGAAGAAAAUGAAACUCAAUUUGCUACCCCUGAUGUCUUUCAUAAUGGCGAACAUGACAUUGGAAAUCAAGAAUCUAAUGAGUCAAUACGGACAUAUUUGUCUUCAACCGUGUACGCAGAGGAAGAAUUGGAAAAUUUAGUAGAAAUGGUUCAACGCAUGACUACUUUAUACUCUCUUGAUCACAGUGAUUGGAGUGAAAAUACGCUUAACAUAAUAAGAAUUUGGUUACUAAAGCCGAGUAAACCAAUGCUAACGGUGUUUUACGACUCCAAUAUGAUAACUGCCUGUCUAGGAUUUCCAGUAGCUCCUAUUCUCGAUAUAAGUUACUUUGUGCGAUCGCCAAAUCAAAUCUUUACCUGUGAUUCAUUUCACGAUUAUGUUAAUUUUGGAACUAUUCACAACGAUGUAGAUGGCUGCCUACUUCGAGUUUUGGAGUUAGCGUACGCACCUGUAUUUCGAAAUCAUACAGAAUGGGAUGACAAUAUUAAGCAGCGUUUUUGCAAAGCUUUGGACAAAUUUCUCGUUUACUUAACUGGAAUGCACUUUAAAAUGUCGGGUAUGACGGUUUUGUAUGUUCCAUAUAUUGUUAGACAAAUUCCAAGGGAAAAUAUUUCAUAUGAUCCCGAGUUUGUUAAGAACCUUGAAUCGAUUUCAGUUUUCUGGGCAACACAGAUUCGAACACUUCUAAACGAUAAGACAAUGAACGUUCCCAAUGACUUCGUUAUUUUAGAAGAUGAAUAUGAAUUUUGGUUAUACCGAUUUGAAGUUUUACAGGCUUUAAACACCCAGUUGGAACAGGUCGAUGUACAGAGUAUCAUCAAAAUACUACGAAAUUCCCAUUCAGUGUACAUUAAACAAAUUGAUGAACUUAUUUAUGAGUCAAGCUACGAAAUGGAAAGGGCUAUGUCAAACAUACAAUUUCUGCAUCUUCUCAUGGAUCCAUGUGCCGAAAUUAAUCUUACUGAUAGCCCUAUAGUGUUAUCUCAAUUAUUGCCGAGGAUAAUUAAUUUAAUACAUUUUAUUUGGCUAAAUUCGGAACAUUACAAUAGACGCGACUUGAUAACAGGUCUUUUUCGAGAUUUAAGUAACAGAAUAAUACGUUUUUGUACUGAAAUGAUCAAUUUGGAUAAGAUACUUACUGGCAGUUCGAGAUUUGGAAUUAAGGUUUGUAACUUAUCUCUUAAUUGUUGUCUUACCUAUAAAGGUAUAUAUAGCUUUAUGGCAAAAGAAAAUGGGAAAUUUGAUAGUAACUUAAGUUGGAAUUUAGAUAAUGCUAUGAUAUUCAAUCACGUUGAUGCUUUUAUGGAGCGAUUAAAUGAUGUGAUCGACAUAUGCGAGUCUAUGAUUGUAUUUGGACGUUUGGACGAGACUGAAAGCAUUCCAAAGCCCCAAUUCGGAGGUACUAGUGGACCAGAAUUUGAAAAAACAACUGAACAAGUUGAGACCCAGUUUCUUGCUACCUUAACAGCUUUAAAUACAGAUGCAAAAGAGUUAAUACUUAAUGUUCAUAAAAAUGAUUGGUAUGAAGAAGUUCUGAAAUAUCGGCGAACUGUUCGAAGCAUGGACGAGACUGUGCAACGACUUAUGUCGAAUGUUUUUCUAAAUGUGUGCAACGUUGAAGAAGCUAUAGAAUCCCUUAAUGUGAUGCUUUUCUAUUCAUACCGAAGUUCUAUUAGAAAAUCAUAUUUGCGGCAAGUGACAGAGGUGUGGCAAUUAUUUUGUAAUGAAAUGGACUCAACUUCCCACAGCCUAAUGGAUCGUAGCAAAUUACAUGAAACUUGGGUGCCAUACUAUGCUUCUAGGGCUAUUAGCUACCGCAUCAAUAUAGAAAGAUUAACUUGGCUUCGAAAUCGACUAAGUUCAUGUGAAUGGUUACCAAAUGUAUCCGAAGCCUUAAUUGCAUUAAAUAUGUUUGAAAAUUUGAGAAAAGAGUUUGAUAAGGAAAUGCGGAAGUCUUAUGACGAAUGGCAAAAGACCUGUUGUAGCCCCGCGUUAAAUCAAAAACUCGAUCGAUUUUUACUUGCUCGAAGUAAGAAAAAGAAGGGCCUUCUUGAGUGUAAUGUAGACCCAAGUAUUUUAACUAUUUGCGAGCAAGCCCAGCACUUUUCACGUCUUGGAUUUACGGUCCUAGGGCCGGUCCGAAAGAUUUUUGAAAAACAAGAUACCCUUAGAUUUGUUUACAACAGUGUACUGCAAGUUUGCUUAGAUUAUAAUCAUAUUUUGGCAGCGUUAUCUGAACAGGAGAGAAAGUUUUUUCGAUCUCUUAUACAAGCUUGUGAUCGAAAGAUUGCUCCAGGAGUUUUUAAAUUAAGUUAUGGAGGGGAUCUAAGUGAUGCGUAUAUCGCAGAUUGCGCUAAGCAUACGACAAAACUACAAGAGACGAUGGACAUAUAUAAACGGGCGAAUAAAAAUAUUGCUCGAGCCUGUGAAAAGAUUUGCAAUACACCAAUGUUAAAAUUUACCUUCACGGGUGCAGUUGCUAUAUCAAUUUUUGAAAGUCACAUAUCUAAUUAUAUUAGGCGUGUAAGUAAUGUACUUCGAGGAUCUUAUAAUACAAUAACGGAUUUACUAUUUGCUGUCUUUAUGAAGUUUCAGCCUGUUAUCGAGGAU